UAUUCAGUGGAAUAAUUAUCUAGAUUUUUUCACCAGAAUGAAGUCAACUUUUUCUAAACUGAUAAUUUUUGCCAUCCUUCAGGUUUGCGCUCAAGCCGGUGGCAAUGUGGCUACACCGCCCUCAUGCGUGGAAGAAUGUCCUCCUGGAUUCGAGCAAGUAGCAGGACUUCCCCACUGCUACAAACUGAUGUUGGCUCUGGGACCCGUGAGCCAUGACAAGGCAGUCGUGGCCUGUGGAUUCGAAGGAGGGGCCACACUCGCUACUUUCGACACAGUCGGAGACCAGCAAACCCUUCGAAACCACAUGUGGUCCCACUACGGAGCUGCCAUCGCUAAAGAUCCAGCUCAUCUAGCUGAGUUGGGUUUCUGGACUGGGUAUGCCAGACAGUAUGGCGACCCCAGCAACUCUUUCGUCAAUAUCUACUCUGGACAAACGCUGGACUCUGAGUUCUUUGCCAAUGUGCAACCGGACAACCUUCUCAAAGAGGACAUCAUUCACGGAGAGAUUUGCCGCCUUAGUGGGGAGAGACCGAGAAAACUGAUGGUAACUGGGAACGGAAAAAGUAAGAACUUCGGGACUGAUUCCGUCAUAACAACAGAGACCGGUAAAAGAGGAGAACAGAGCACGGAAGCCAUGAGGGAUUAG